AUGUUGGCGGCACGAGCAUCGCGAUGGACCUCAAAGACCGCCAAUGUCACGAGACAUGUAUCGCAACUUAGGCCAUACUCUGAAGUAACUACACAAUCACAGGAAGAAGAAGAAGCAAAAAGCACAAAAAUAAGCCCCGUGCCAUACACCACCAAGUUUUCAUCUAGAUCCCGUUCUUACCACCUGGGAGGAGCCGAUGCCAUCCGCGCAAGCAGCAUGUCGCAUUUCCUGCGGCAGGCGCAGUUCCAACUGACGGAGCUGCAAGCGCGGUACCGCGGGCUGCAAUAUAGACUGCAAGGGCCGUACAACGUGCGUGUCAGUGUCCAUGGGGGUCGUGCGCGAAGAGAUCGAGUGAAUGUGGACGAGGGGACGGUGUGGGUGGGGGACAAGCGGGUCCCAAACAUAUGGCUCAGGGAUAACUGCCAGUGUGGAACGUGUAUGCAUGGAGAUACGAGGCAGCGGUUGCUGGAUUCGUUUGGGAUCCCGGCGGGGAUUCGGAUGGAGAAGUGGGAGGUUGAGGGGGAGGAGGCGGAGGCGGAGGGCGGGAAGAAAUUGAAGGUUACGUGGGAGGACGGACAUGAGAGUUUGUACCCUUUUUCGCUGCUGCGCCAGACGCUCAAGACGGAGCCGGCCAAGGCGGUGCAGCGGUUGGGGCUUGUGUCGCUUUCGCUGUGGGAUAAGGGGGUUGCGGCGGAGCCGCCGAUAGUCGAGUACGAGGGGGUUAUGAGCGGGGAGAUGGCGGGGUUGCUGAAGCAUCUGCGGGAAUAUGGGUUUUGCUAUGUGGAUGGAACGCCGUUUGAGGAUCCGCAGGAUACGAAGGCGUUGCUGGAGAAGAUUGCCUUUAUACGCGAGACGCAUUAUGGUGGGUUCUACGACUUUACGGCUGAUUUGGCGAGUAAGGAUACGGCGUAUACGAAUAUUGCGCUUGAGGCGCAUACGGAUACGACGUACUUUUCUGAUCCGGCAGGGCUGCAGGCGUUCCAUUUGCUGUCGCAUACGGAUGGGGAGGGAGGAGCGAGCUUGCUUGUCGACGGGUUCAAGGUCGCUCAAGAACUUCUUGAAACGGACAAGAAAGCGUAUGAGAUUCUCGCUACAGUAAAUGUGCAUGGCCAUGCGUCAGGGAACGAUGGCAUAUCGAUUCAGCCAUACCGUGGCUUCCCCGUACUAGAGCACGACAUUGCAACGGGAAGUCUCCUGCGUGUACGCUGGAACUCUUCUGAUCGUGCGUCGAUUGAGCUCCCCAUUGAUCAGGUGGAAACGUGGUACGACGCCGCAAGGAAAUUUGAUGCAUUACUGAAGAAGAAAGAGAAUGAGUACUGGGAGCAAUUGAAGCCAGGACGGGCACUAAUCUUCGAUAACUGGAGAGUGCUACAUGGUCGGAGCAGCUUCACUGGGAAGAGAAGGAUCUGUGGUGCGUACAUUAAUCGAGACGACUGGAUUAGCAAAUUCAAAAUGGCCGAGUUCGGACAGAGCAAGGUCUUGGAGGGACUCCCUGUAAACUAG